UCACCCGAGUGAUGAGAAGGACACGUUUUCACGGAACAUUUCGGCGGCCAGUCUGGGUUCUCUGCUCGGACAUCACGGCACCAAUCACAUUUCUCAGCACAGUGAACCCAACCUAACAGACCCGUUAAUGGGAGGAGAUCCAUCAGAUCAGGAGACAAAGAUCGACAUAGAACGGGAGAGAGAAUCUCUGGCGUCCCUGCACCCGAUCCAACGCUCCAAGUCCAAACAUGAACUCAAACUGUUGGAGAAGAUUCCGGAGAACGCUGAGGCCAGCGUGGUGCUUGUGGGGUGCGUAGAGUUCCUCGAUCAGCCCACCAUGGCGUUUGUGCGGCUGCAGGAGGCGGUGGAGCUGGAUUCUGUGUUGGAAGUUCCCAUUCCGGUGCGUUUCCUCUUUCUUCUUCUGGGACCCGGCACAUCCAAUAUAGACUAUCAUGAGAUCGGAAGGUCCAUCUCUACCCUCAUGUCAGAUAAGUCUUUCCACGAGGCUGCCUACCUCGCUGAUGAUCGCCAGGAUCUUCUGAUUGCCAUAAAUGAGUUCUUAGACUGCAGCGUGGUGCUGCCGCCCUCUGAGGUGAUGGGGGAGGAGCUUCUGCGAUCCGUGGCCCUCUUCCAGAGAGAGAUGCUCCGAAGACGCCAGGGCCAUGAGAAGAAGGUGUCGGAAGAACCCAGAACGACCAAAGCUCUUCUCACAAAAACAGCCGUGUCAGGCGAAGGGGACGACGAUCCCCUACGGAGGACUGGCAGGCCAUUUGGGGGCCUCAUAAGAGAUAUCCAAAGACGUUAUCCCAAAUAUGUCAGUGACAUCCGUGAUGCGCUGGACCCACAAUGCAUGGCUGCUGUCAUGUUCAUUUACUUUGCAGCUCUGUCUCCGGCCAUUACUUUUGGGGGACUUCUGGGUGAGAAGACGAAAGGCUUGAUUGGGGUAUCAGAGCUUAUCAUUGGAACUUGCCUACAAGGAGUGAUAUUUUGUCUACUGGGGGCACAGCCACUACUUGUUGUUGGAUUUUCGGGACCUUUACUGGUGUUUGAAGAAGCUUUUUAUACGUUCUGCUCUGCAAACGGUCUGGAAUACUUGGUUGGGCGUGUGUGGAUUGGCGUGUGGCUGAUUGUCAUUGUAGUGGCCACCGUGGCCUGCGAAGGAAGUUUCUUGGUCCGCUUUGUCUCUCGUUUUACACAAGAGAUCUUCUCCAUUCUUAUUUCCCUCAUCUUCAUCUACGAGACCUUCUACAAGCUAUUCAAGGUCUUUCAGGAACAUCCUCUUACCAACUGUAAUCCACAAAACCUGACCGAAUGGGAGGAAGUGAAUGUGACCAGCGGCUCAUUACAGAACAGUACUACAACGCCCCCCCGCAUUCUGGGACAGCCGAACACGGCGCUCCUCUCUCUGGUGCUCAUGGCCGGCACUUUCUUCAUCGCUUUCUUCUUGCGUAAACUGAAGAAUAGUAACUUCUUUCCUGGAAGGGUCCGCCGUAUCAUUGGAGAUUUUGGGGUUCCUAUUGCCAUUCUUAUCAUGGUGCUCUUGGACUUCAGUAUCACCGACACUUACACUCAGAAACUCAGCGUCCCCAGUGGCUUCAAGGUGACCUCCCCGGAGAAGCGCGGUUGGGUCAUGAACCCUCUGGGGUCUGUGGAGCCGUUUCCAGUGUGGAUGAUGUUUGCGAGCGUCCUUCCCGCGGUCCUGGUCUACAUUCUGAUAUUUAUGGAGACGCAGAUCACCACGUUAAUUAUUAGUAAGAAGGAGCGGAUGUUGGUGAAGGGCUCCGGAUUUCACCUGGACCUGCUGCUGAUUGUCACCAUGGGUGGGAUAUGCGCCCUCUUUGGAUUGCCAUGGAUGGCGGCUACCACCGUCCGCUCAGUCACGCAUGCCAAUGCACUGACUGUCAUGAGUAAGGCCGUGGCCCCCGGAGACAAACCAAAGAUCCAAGAGGUGAAGGAGCAGAGAGUGACUGGCCUGCUGGUCGCCAUACUUGUUGGUCUCUCCAUCGUGAUUGGGGACGUCCUCCGUCAGAUCCCCCUGGCCGUCCUCUUUGGAAUCUUCCUGUAUAUGGGGGUCACCUCGCUGAAUGGAAUCCAGUUCUACGAGCGAUUUAAGUUGUUGCUAAAACCCCCAAAACAUCACCCGGACGUCAUGUAUGUGAAGAAGGUGCGCUCCCUCCGGAUGCAUCUCUUCACGGUUCUGCAGUUCCUCUGCCUGGCGGUGCUCUGGGUCGUCAUGUCCACGGCGGCGUCUCUGGCGUUUCCCUUCGUCCUGAUCCUGACCGUCCCGCUGCGCAUCUUCCUGCUGCAGAGGAUAUUCACCGAGCGGGAGAUGAAAUGCGUAAGUCUCUCCAUCGUGAUUGGGGACGUCCUCCGUCAGAUCCCCCUGGCCGUCCUCUUUGGAAUCUUCCUGUAUAUGGGGGUCACCUCGCUGAAUGGAAUCCAGUUCUACGAGCGAUUUAAGUUGUUGCUAAAACCCCCAAAACAUCACCCGGACGUCAUGUAUGUGAAGAAGGUGCGCUCCCUCCGGAUGCAUCUCUUCACGGUUCUGCAGUUCCUCUGCCUGGCGGUGCUCUGGGUCGUCAUGUCCACGGCGGCGUCUCUGGCGUUUCCCUUCGUCCUGAUCCUGACCGUCCCGCUGCGCAUCUUCCUGCUGCAGAGGAUAUUCACCGAGCGGGAGAUGAAAUGC